AUGGUACGUGCGCUUCGAUUUAGCGUCGGAGAGUUUGCGGGGCCGCUGCUUCUGUUCCCAAAGAGCAACCUGCACAACACAAGCACUUCGUUCGGCAUGACCUACGAGGCGCUGAUCGUCAUCGGCUUCGGCGUCGCCCUCGCCGUCGCAUCAGUGGCCUUAUUCGUCGCGCACGUCAAGCGCAUCAACGCCCCAAACCGGGCCGAUCCCGCCGGCACCCUCGUGCAUGUCGACCUAGGCGCCGCGCUUGCGAAGGACGAGGCCGCCGCGGCCGCCCGCGAGGCUGCCGGACGCAACAACGGCGGGAGACGAAGCACCAGCGAGGACAACAGUGCCGGGUGCUCGAGAGAUGCGUUCGCGUUGCAGCCGAAUGGAGCGGCUCGCCGCCGGAAACGACCGUCGGUAGAGACAGCGAACCGGUGUGCUGAAGGUAGCCAGCAGGAGACUGCUGCUGCUGUGGGCACCCAACAACCAGCGGACACCCAGCAGGCACGGGAAGCAGGGACAUCAUCGUACACGGCGACCAUGGUGCUGCCCUCGCCGCUGUGGGCCGAGGCUAUCCUCAAGCACGCCGACGUGAAGCGCAAGAAGCUCCGAAGCAUGGUCAAGAGCGGGGAGAUCGCUGCCGGUUGGGAGGCCAAGUGGGAGCGGUUACCGCGGCCGAGAAAGCGCAAGCUGCUGGAGGCGGUGAAGGAGGAGCUGGUGCACGCGGUGUCCUCGUACAUAGGACGCGAUGAUGCGUUGUUCGACGCUAUCUGCCCACACCUCAGCGUGAGUGCUCUGGAGGAGGAGCACCGCGGAAUUUCCGGGUUGUCCCGUCUCGUUCGUGGUUGUUUGGACGGAAAGUUGUCGGAACCCCGGUCGAAAGCGUUCGCGGCGGUGCGAGACGCUCUCGCUAAGGCGGCGAUAGGAGCGGCGGCGGCGGCGGCGGCGGAGAACGUUCCCAAGGACAAGCGGGGACCGGUCCGGGCAUUCCUGCCGACGUUCCGGAAGCUCUGCUCUUCCUCUUUCUGUAUUGGGGCGCUGGAAGCCAUCGUGAGCGGGAGGGCAGACGGUUCAGCUGGCCCCACGGUGGGCUCCGUUUGCUCCGCUCUCGUCAAGACGGGAGGAUCGGGCGUCCUCUUGUUCGCCUUUUUCCUCGGAUUGAAGCAA